UUCGCUGUCUCCCUCCCCUCCCGACGCGGGGCCUCAUGUGACCGGGCGGUGACAGUCCGCCUGCCCGGCCCCGGUUGCUCGCUCACGCACGCCCCGGGGCUCCAAGUGAGUGAGCCGCCGGCAGCGAGGAGCAGCUCGCCUGUCCUGCUUCCCAAGAGAGUGAAAACCCGGCAUUGGGACACCGUGUGUCAGGCGUUGGAAGAGGGACCAUGGCCGAGCCGGAUUAUAUAGACGAUGAAGAAUGUGCGGAACUCAUAAAGCCCAGAAAGCUGAUCAAUCCCGUCAAGUCAUCGAAAAAUCAUCAGGAGCUUCACAGAGAGUUAGUCAUCAACCAGAAAAGAGGCAUCGCUCCUCAGAACAAGCCCGAGCUCCAGAGAGUGAUGGAGCAACGCAAGAGGGACCAAGUGGUCAAGCAGAGGAAGGAGGCGGAGGCUCUGAAGAAAUCUGAUCUGGAGCAGGAGCUAAUAAAACGACAGCAGAGGCUGGACCAGAUUGAACAGGAGCGACUGGACGCCAAAGAGAGGCGCGAAAAUGCGCCGGAAUUUGUCAAGAUGAAAGACAACCUGCGGCGGACCCGGCAGGAAGAGAGCGCGGACAUGCAGGUGUCCUAGAGGAGGGCGCGGCCGCAGGAUUCCCGGAGCGGUUCCCCGGGGGACCAUCUCCAUGGCGGCAGCUUGACAACGGACCCAGGCAGCUCGAGCUUCCCAGCACGUGCUUCCCCCUACCUCACUCCCUUCUUCCCCCCACCCUCCCCCAGCACGCCUCCCACUGUGACUCUGAGCAGCGUCAUCAACCUCCCCCCCCCGCCCCCGCCGACCCCCGGCUGCAGCGCGGGAGCGCGUGCGGAUGUUUGGGAAUAUAGGGGUGGAAAGACCAGGAGAACUGGUGGAAUUCAACUUUGGAAAAACGCGAGCUAACAACUAAAUAAAGGGAACCACCCCAGAAGACAGAGACUGAAAAUUUGUCUGCAUGCCGUUUAGACCGUCCAUGGGCAGGAAAUUCGACUUGGCAGAUGAUGGACUUGUCAUAAAAUGUUAGUGUAUUCACACCCGAUCACAGGGAAGAGAUCAGAUACCAAAGUCGAAUUUCAGCCUUUGUCAGACUCUUGUUUACUGUGGGAUGUUACGGCAAGAAGCCUUCUUUUGGAAUGUGUUUAGAAAUGGCCAUAGGCAGGCGACAAGUAUCCUAUUUGGCCACGGCCUCUAAAGCCCACCUAAGGUUCUUGGUGACCAAUCCACUUCUGUUAAAAGUCUUAUGUUCGGGAUACUCUCAGUACAAACCAAGUGGACGUGCUUCUAUCACGUCAGCGAUAGAAGUUAACCAGGAUUUUGUCAAAUGAUGUUACUAACUCACUCAUUAUCAUCAGCGAUAGCCUUUUCUAAGCUUCAGUUAUUAGGGGUUCCCAAUCUGGGGUUCACAGACCCCCUUGGUUAAUGGUAAGGCUCCAUGGCAUAAAAAAAAGUUUGGGUAGCCCUGAGUUACCGGAUUUCAGGGGCAAUUCGUCCACGGUUAUGUAAACUGUACCAGCAUUUUGCUGCCUAUUACCUUAUCUCUGAGGUUCCCAUAGCCAACGCAGAAUAAUCCAAGUGGAUAAUUUUUCUGACGCAGUCACGAACCUAACAUAAUGCAAAAAAAAAGGAUCUUUCCUCCUCUGAAUAUCCUUCCGGAUUUGGACAUCUGGAUUGGUGACUGUGCAUUCCUGAUUUUGAUAAGUAUUUUCAGUUUUGUUUUUAUAUAUUGUUUGCAAUGUCUCUCAACAAAUUCUAUAAUACUUGUGCUGAUUUAAUACUGGGAACGGAUUUAUAUUUUGCCGCUCUGAUGAGUAGGAAAUUUUGUAAUGCUGGCUCCCUCUCGUCUAUGCACCAUAGCUGUGCACGGUGUUGAAGUGAGCAGCGGAUCUGAUGCUCUUGCCGUGUCGAUGAAAAGACAGGCGUGCCAUUUUCUGCGGAAUGGAUCGUGGUGUGAUUUCAGCGGGGUGGGGGGGGGAUUGCAUUUUGCAGUGAAAUGGCAGUGAUACAAAAACUGUGGAAAGGUUAAAAAUAAUUGCCUUGAAGUUGGUGUAUUGUCGCGUUUUAAAUAUGAUUUGGUCAAUAGGGAGAUUCACGAUUGUAAUUGUCGAUCUGUUAGUGUUGUGUGAUCAUAUUGGUAUUCUCUGAAUUUGUUGAUAUAUUGUCUUGCCUAAAGCUUUGCAUCGCUCCUUAAAAUGGGCAGAAGACAGAUGUGUCGUCCUUCUGACAUUUCACCUGGCCGCUUGUCCCAGCAGACCAGAGAAUUAUUUCAAGGCCAGAUUAUCUACACUGUGGAACUCUUGCUGUGGUAACUGAGGCAUCUCACCAGGAAUCGAUCAGUCCAAUUGCCUCCAUUUUGUAGCAAACUGGAAGGCUUUUAUUGAUGGCUCAGUAUUGGUGAGAGUAGUCGUUUGAUUGUACCGCCCCAGUAUAUUGAAAAGCCAGGAGUAGUCUGGGGCAACCCGUUCACAAAGGGCUGCCUCUCUAAGCGUGUUGCUUCAAUAAAGAAAAAAAAACAACGCUGAGCGGCUGCCUUUUUCUUGAUUUUAAUUUCCAUCGGUGUCUGUGGGGGAGACAGAGUUGGUGUCAGAUUGAUAACCUUCCACUAGAACUGAAACGUUAAAGACUUGUGUAGCCGUUUAAAUUUGACCACUUUGAAAGGGGCAGAUGCACCAAUUACACAUAGGAAGGAUGUAAUGUGUCCUUUGAAGGUGCUGAACGGUCAGUAGUUGUUCAUCGAAAUUGGUAAUGAGGCAAUAUACUGAGCUGCAAGAGCUGGCAUUUUCCAGCGGCCACCCAUUUCAAUUCCAGUUCCCAUUCCCAUUCUCACGUGUUUGUCCACGGCCUCCUCUACUGCCACGAUGAGGACAAACUCGGGUUGGAGGAGCAAUACCUCAUUUUUCAUCUGGAUAGCCUCCAACCUGAUGACAUGAACAUUUGAUUUCCCUAAUUUCCAGUCAUUUCCUCUGCCUUCUCUUUUUUUCCAUUCCCCAUUCUGGCUCCCCCCUCACCCUUUUCCUCACCUACCCAUCACCUGUCUGGUUCUCCUCCCUUUUUUCCCAUGGUCCUUCAUCU